GUGAAUGAGGAGGAAUAUCUCCCAAACAGCGGCCCAGCAGUGUUCCAUCUCCCUCCUGGGAAGUAAUCAAUUCUCUGCCUCCUGCUUUCCACAGGUCUGGCCUUGGCGCUGGCGUCAUGAGCUGUUUCCGAAUCCGCCCGGCAGAGCCCCGGGACUGUCCUGAAAUCCUGCGCCUCAUCAAAGUAAGAGAGGGACAGAAGUGUGCAGGCAUCUUUCCCUCAGAACUAGCCGCAUAUGAAAAUAUGCCAAAUGCAGUAAAACUAACAGAAAAAGAUUUGCUUGAAGAUGGCUUUGGAGAACAUCCUUUCUACCACUGUCUAAUAGCAGAAGUGCCAAAGGAGGGAAAAACAGGAAGCUUGGGCAUUGGCUCGGAAAUCUUAAAGAGAUUAAGCCAGAUAGCAAUCAAAACAAACUGUAGCUGCAUGCAUUUCCUUGUAGUCAUUUGGAACAAGCCAUCUAUAGAGUACUAUAUGAGACGUGGAGCUUUAGACCUUUCCACUGAAGAGGGCUGGCAUCUCUUCAGAUUUAACAAAGAGAAUCUUCUCAGAAUGGCAUCUGGAGAAUGA